ACCUCCCCGGUGUACAUCAAGGGUGGGAAUUUAGGGUUUCCCCGAGCCGCCGCCGUAUAGGAGCCUUCUCCUUCCUCCUCGCGAACGACAGCUUCAGCAACCAGCGUCGGGGCACGGGCGGAGCUCCGACCAUGGUCCACGUCAACUUCUACCGCAACUAUGGUAAGACAUUCAAGAAACCAAGGCGCCCGUAUGAGAAGGAGCGUCUUGAUGCAGAGCUGAAGCUGGUGGGUGAGUAUGGACUGAGGUGCAAGAGGGAACUGUGGAGGGUUCAGUAUGCUUUGAGCCGUAUCCGCAACAAUGCAAGGCACCUGCUUACACUUGAUGAGAAGAACCCUCGCCGUAUCUUUGAAGGGGAGGCAUUGCUCCGCCGCAUGAACCGCUAUGGGCUCCUUGCUGAUGGGCAGAACAAGCUUGAUUAUGUCCUGGCCCUUACUGUGGAGAACUUCCUUGCAAGGCGUCUUCAGACUCUUGUCUUCAAGGCUGGUAUGGCGAAGUCCAUCCACCAUGCCCGUGUCCUGAUCAGGCAACGCCACAUCAGGGUUGGCAAGCAAAUUGUGAACAUCCCGUCGUUCAUGGUGAGGGUCGAUUCUGAGAAGCACAUUGACUUUUCACUGACAAGCCCAUUUGGUGGAGGUAAUCCUGGCAGGGUGAAGCGAAAGAACCAAAAGAAGGCAAGUGGGGGUGGUGGCGGCGGUGAGGAAGAAGAUGAGGAAUGAGUGACUAGCUGGUUCCUAUAAGAAAAAUAGAAAUCUGUUGGUAUGAGUACUUAAACCUGAGCUCCAAAGCUUUUUGGCUCGAGUUGUAGGGUACUAGGGUUUCAGAAUUUCGGCAGGUUGACAUUCUUAUGUGUUGUUAUGUCAAGUAGUGCAAGAUAAGAUAUGUUCGGAGAUGUUUGAUUCUGGUGCAGAGUUAUAUGGCGGAGUAUAUGUUGUGUUUUUUAUGCAUGGUUUGGUUGAUGUAUUUUGGUGGAUCCUGAGUUGCAUCGUUUUUCGUAGUUGGUGUUGCUCGCUUGC